AUGCUACCGCAAAGCGCCCUCCUGUUGGUCGCCUCGCUGCUGGCGGCUCUGCCUGCCAAAGCCGAUGGGAUCUACACCAGAAAGUCCCCGGUGCUCCAACUCAACCAGAAGACCUACGGGUCGCAUAUCGCGAAUUCUAAUUACACAUCGAUCGUCGAAUUCUAUGCCCCAUGGUGUGGGCAUUGCCAGAACCUGAAACCCGCCUACGAGAAAGCUGCACAGAGCCUGGAUGGCCUGGCCAGGGUGGCCGCCGUGAAUUGCGAUGAGGAUGAGAACAAGCCUUUCUGCGGCCAGAUGGGCGUGCAGGGCUUCCCAACUCUGAAGAUCGUUACUCCCGGCAAGAAACCCGGCAAGCCGCGUGUAGAAGACUACCAAGGUGCGCGCAGUGCUAAAGCUAUCGUCGAUGCGGUUGUCGACCGCAUCCCUAACCACGUGAAGCGCGCAACGGACAAGGACUUGGAUAGAUGGCUUGGACAGAAUGAGGAGCGCCCUAAGGCUAUCUUGUUUACGGAGAAGGGCACAACGAGUGCCUUGAUCCGCGCAUUAGCAAUCGACUACCUGGGCGCGAUUGAUGUUGCCCAGGUUCGCAGCAAGGAAUCCGCGUCGGUGGAGAAGUUUGGUAUCUCCGAUUUCCCCAAACUUGUCGUUUUACCUAGUGGUGAGGGUGCAGAGAUUCAGGUGUAUGAUGGUGAGCUCAAAAAGCAACCUAUAACCGAGUUUCUCACCCAAUUCGCGUCUCCAAACCCAGAUGCCACGGGCAAGGCAGCUUCUACAUCGGCUAAUAACAAGCCGAAGUCCAAGCCGAAGGCUAAGACGCCACCCAAACAAUCGUCAACCGAGGAAGAUGCACCGACAGACGCAAAAGAGGAGACUGAAACCAAACCCGCUCAAGUGCCCGAGCCCCCGAAGUCGCCCACCUGUGUUCUGGUUCUCCUCCCAGAGACUAUUUCGGACGAGGCUGCCACUACCGCUCUCAGCAGUGUGGCUGAGAUCGCGCACAAGCACUCUCUGCGCGGCGCCCACCUCUUCCCCGUGCACUCAGUGCCCAUGACCAACACUGGAUCCCAAACUGUGCGGACCGCUUUGGGUUUAGAAGGCAGUAAGGGUGUGGAAAUAAUCGCUGUCAAUGCGCGCCGUGGAUGGUGGCGUCGCUAUGGCAAUGCCGAGGACUUCGGCAUCGCCGCUAUUGAGGGCUGGUUCGAUACUAUCCGACUAGGAGAGGGUGCUAAGGAGAAGCUGCCCGAGGGCCUUGUCCGAGCAGGAAAGACCGAACCUACAAACAAGGAAAAGGAAAAGGAAGAGAAAGAGGAAGUGGAGCACGAUGAGCUGUGA